AUGGACGCUUAUCCUUUCCCAAGGACUCCCAAGACCCCUGGCUUUGAUCCGGACCUGUCGCCAAUUGACUCUGGAAGUCAACCUCAGGAUGGAUCACAGUACAAGCAGGCCUCGUUGUCUGAUCUGUAUGCUGAGGCAUACCCCUUGGCGGUCCAGGCGGUCCAGGAGGAUGCUAAUGGUGACCAUCAUACGGCGAGACUCCUUUACUGCGAAGUGUGCGAGAUAUUCAUCAAGAUUAUGAAGCUGCUACCACCAGGAGAGGAAAAUGACCAAGUGCAAAGGAAGUCGAACCAAUACACCAGCAGAGCCGAAGCGAUCUGGGAGUCAAGGAGUGCUAGCACUGGACCCGUUAAGGAUAUCAAAGAGCUGCCCGCCUACGAGAAGCUUGCUCAAGAGGCACAGUUUGCGUUUGAACAGGCGGUCGCAGAACAGGAGAAGCAACAUGAGCUGGGCGCACUGGACUUCUACACGGACUGCGCAGAUCUCUUUUGGCAGGCCUGGAAAGGUGCGCCGGAGGGUCCGAUCAAGGAUGGGCUCAAACAGCAACUGAGCGAUGUCAUGUCCAGGGCAGAGGAUCUAAAAGGCGUCUCUGUCAACCUAGUCCCAGAACUGAAGGUCAAGUCUAGUUCGACACCAGUGAUCUCGGGACCAUCUAAUUUGACGCGCCAGGAACUGGAGGUCCUCAAAACAACUAUGUUGAUCAACAACAAAAAAUACCAUCCCUGGAGCGACUCGGAUGUCAAGGACUUGCUGCGAGAGAAGGGCCCUUUCACGGAUCCGGACGGUAUGCUGCCUCUGUCCGACAAACAAACAUCUAAAUUUGGAUCGUGGAAGCGAGUCUCGCAGAUCAUGGAGAACCCCAAGAUGAUUUGUCUGAUUUCCAGUACCAGUAUCGUCCAGGAUAUCGUGACAGAUUGCUCCUUUGUCGCAAGUCUGUGUGUUAGUGCCAGCUACGAGCGACGAUGGAAGAAGCAGCUCAUUAGAGCGUGUAUAUACCCCAAGAACAAGUUUGGCGAGCCAUGCUAUAACCCUCACGGAAAAUACCUCGUGAAACUCACCUUCAAUGGAAUCGCCCGGCGCGUCGUGGUGGACGACUACUUGCCAGUGUCAAAGUCAGGAACGCUCAUGUGCACAUUCUCCACAAACAAGAACGAGUUGUGGCCCAGUAUCAUCGAAAAGGCUUACAUGAAACUCAUGGGAGGCUACGACUUUCCUGGGUGGAUUCCGGAGCAUUUGUUUAUCAAGGAAUCCAAUUUUGAUAUGGAGAAGCAAUGGAAGCGCAUGGUGAACGGACAACGAAAUGGCGUGGCGCUGGUCACUAUCGCAACAGGACAUAUGACGGACGAGGAAGCAGACCGCCUGGGACUCGUGCCAACCCACGCGUAUGCAGUCUUAGACCUGAAGGAGGUCCAGGGACUGCGGUUACUUCAGGUUAAGAACCCCUGGAGUCACAAGCGUUGGAAGGGACCCUUCAGUCAUCUGGAUGCAGACCAUUGGACGGACGAGUUGAAGGCAGAGCUGAACUUUGACCAGUUUGCGGCCUUGAAAAACGAUGAUGGCAUCUUCUGGAUCGAUUAUGAGUCUGUCUGUUCGACUUUUGAUACCAUCCACAUCAACUGGAACCUCGAGACCCUCAACCACCGCGCCGUCAUCCAUGCGCCAUGGCCGUGCAAUUAUGGGCCAAAGCGGGAUAACUACAACCUUGGAUAUAACCCACAGUUCACCCUGGCGACCAACGUCAAAGGGUCUCGCCCUUGCGGCAUCUGGCUGCUGCUCUCAAAACACAUCACAGUGACUGAGGAGAACAGGGACUUUAUCACACUGCAUGUCUUUGAUGUGCAAAAGCAGCAACAGAAUCAGGCAUCACUACUGUCCCCAACGACUCCUCUCAGCGCCGUUUCUUCUACGACUCCUACCUCAGCAACACCAGGAUCAUUUGUUUCCACCCGGAGUCGUGGCACGAGGAUCUACUAUGAGGGCAACUCGAUGAUCAAGGGCAUGUACGUGAACAGCCCUCAUAUCUUGGUCCGCUUUGAGGUCCCUCCAGGACAGAACGAGUACACGAUUGUGCUGUCGCAGCAUGUCAAGACAAGGGAUCUGCACUUUACACUGAGGGCUUAUGCUGUCUGUGAGUUUGAGCUCCGAGAAAUUCCAAACAAAUAUGCGUUUGAGAAGAAGUACGAAGAUGGAUGGACGGAAGAAACAGCAGGAGGAAGCAGUUACAAUGCAGGCUUCCUGAACAACCCUCAGUACCGUCUGGUGGUUCCUGUUCUGCCAGCACCCCAGAUAACUACCUCGGUGCUGUUCAUGUUGGAGUCGCCCAAGGAUUUCGCAGCCCACGUUCAGCUCGUCAACUCUCAGGGCAAGCGCGUCUCAUGCGUGUGGACGAAAGAUAUUAUCGCCCAGUCAGGAGAAUACCGCCAUGGUUUCUGCUACUGUGAAGCCAACGACCUGCGACCGGGGCAAUACACGGUGGUGGUGUCGACAUUUGAUCCAGACCAGAUCGGAAAGUACAAGCUGACGCUCCAAUCACACAUCGACCUCUCCCUCACACCCAUCCCGAUCGAGGGAGCUGGCAUGUUCAAGAAGAUUUUGAAGGGCGAGUGGGUGUUGGGAGUGAGUGCGAUGGGAUGGCACCACCACCAGAGUUUUAGUUAUGCCAAGAACCCGCAUUUCCUAGUCCCUAUCACCGAAAUGACUACUUUCAUGGUGCGGUUGCAGACACCAGAGAUGACGAAUCCGUCGAUGCCAAAGACAAACAUUACGAUAUUUGAACGACUGGAUGAGGGUGUCCUUGGACGGGAAGUAUGUUCUUCGGGACCCUAUGCCUCUGUCCCUCAAGGUGUUGCCACAGAAGCCAUCACUCUGUUGCCAAACCAAUAUGGCUACCUUGUUGUUGUGUCGACUCUGGAACCGGGCAUUGCAGGAAGGUUUGUCCUGUACGCUUUCAGUGAUCGGUCUUUGGAUAUUGAGGCUGGUGGAGGGGUGUCGUCGCCGAAUGUGAGCAUGAAUGGGACGUCGUCUUCGUUGAGGUCGUUGUCGCUUUCGUCGAGUGGUGGUGGGCGGUCCGGGUCGGUGUCGGGUGGUAGCAGCGGUGGAGGAGGAGGAAGGUAUGAGAGUCAGCGGCCGUCGGCGAGGUUUAGACGACAAUUUGGGUCUGGCUCGUCUGGGCAGGGAGCUAGUUAG